UUCCUUUUUUUUCUACCUCCACAAGUUUAAAGUUGACUACUUGUAAUUCGAAAUUCAUAACCAACUGACCAACUUGCCAAUUUUCCUCGUAUAUAAGCAUUGAAAACCUCCCCUUUCCUACACGAGGUGUGAAGAAGUUGCUUCAACUUUUUGAGAAAAUUUAUGUAUCCUCAUAACUUUGGUUACUUAUGACAUCAGUUCUCUCUCUAGUUAACUAGUUAUAUCAAAAGAGCCAAAUAAGCGUGUGCCGUAUUACCGUCUGCCAACAUCCCUCUAGCUUCUUCGUCCCGGUGCAUCUCAUAAACCAAUUUACAGAUAAAGUAUUUGAUCAUCACCAGCAUGGUGCCAAUGUGCAAACAAAUACAAACAUUACUACAUGUUCCAUCUAGUGGCCAUAAUCAUAAAAUGGACGUGUUCAAUCCUCACCGGCAGAAGGAGAAGGUGGUGAUCGUAAUGGGAGCAACAGGGACCGGAAAGUCAAGGCUCUCCAUCGACCUAGCCACCUGUUUCCCGGCAGAAAUCAUAAACUCCGACAAAAUGCAAGUCUACGAAGGCCUUGACAUAGUCACCAACAAAAUAACCAAAGAAGAGCAACAUGGUGUACCGCACCAUUUGCUAGGGAUGCUAGAUCCUCAUGAAGAUUUUACAGCCAGGGAUUUUUGUGACCUAACCUCACUUGCCAUUGAAUCCAUUUUAGGCCGUGAUCGGCUUCCAAUCAUCGUUGGAGGUUCCAACUCAUACAUCGAGGCGUUGAUCGAUGAUUACGACUAUAAAUUUCGGUCCAAGUAUGAAUGUUGCUUUUUAUGGGUAGAUGUGUCUACACCCGUUCUGCACUCUUUUGUGUCAAAACGGGUAGACCACAUGGUUCAAAACGGAAUGGUGGAUGAGGCGAGAGAGUACUUUGAUCCCAAUGCAGAUUACACGAAAGGGAUUCGAAGAGCAAUAGGGGUCCCUGAAUUCGAUAAGUACUUCAGGUAUGGGCUAUUUUUGGAUGAAGAAACUCGUGCUCGGUUACUACAACAAGCAGUGGACGAAAUUAAGGACAAUACGUGCAAAUUGGCAUGUCGACAACUGGAGAAGAUUCAUAGACUUAAAAAUAUCAAAGGGUGGAAUCUGCACCCGUUGGAUGCCACGGAGGUGUUCCGAAAGCGCGGCGAGGAGGCCGACGAGGCCUGGAAAAAGCUUGUGUCGGGGCCAAGCGCUAUGAUCAUUGGCCAGUUUCUUUACAAUAUGAUAGCUGAGGUUCCUCCACAUCUUGGAAGCCUUAGGGUUCUUGAAGCACUUGCAGCUGCAACUCACUAGAGGCUUAGACAUUAAAAUUUUCUUAUGCAGUAGUUAUCUAAUUUAUUCAGUGUAAAAUAAAGAAAUUAAUUGUCAGUAU